GCGGCGGCGGCGGCGGGGGGAAGAUGGCGGCGCCCGUGCUGCUGCGAGUGUCGGUGCCGCGGUGGGAGCGGGCGGCCCGGUACGCGGUGUGCGCCGCCGGGAUCCUGCUGUCCAUCUACGCCUACCACGUGGAGCGGGCGAAGGCGCGCGACCCCGAGCACCGGGCCCUGUGCGACCUGGGGCCCUGGGUCAAGUGCUCCGCCGCGCUCGCCUCCAGAUGGGGUCGAGGAUUUGGUCUUUUGGGUUCCAUUUUUGGAAAGGAUGGUGUAUUAAACCAGCCAAACAGUGUCUUUGGACUUAUAUUUUAUAUACUACAGUUAUUACUUGGCAUGACAGCAAGUGCAGUUGCAGCUUUAAUCCUCAUGACCUCCUCCAUCGUGUCUGUGGUAGGCUCUUUGUACCUGGCCUACAUUCUGUACUUUGUACUGAAGGAAUUUUGCAUCAUCUGCGUCAUCACAUACGUGCUGAACUUCAUACUUCUUAUCAUCAACUACAAACGACUAGUUUACUUGAAUGAGGCCUGGAAACGGCAACUGCAGCCCAAGCAGGACUGACACCCCGAAGAACUCUUUAACUGACAGUCUCAAGUCCCCUUUUCCAUUAAGUUUAUUUUACAGCGUUUUUUAAAUUCUUCACAACAGAGACUCUCCCUCAGAAUCUCAAACUGACCUUUUUUAAAAUCCUGUGAAUUGGAAGGGGCUCUAGCUGUCGUCUGUGUCAAUCUUCAUUGGAAAUCUGGAUACGCCACGCCAAUCAGAGACAACCUUUAACUUUACUUUGAGGAUGUUUUUGAAUAAUAAAAUGUAAUCCUAGCCCCUGCCCUCAAUUGUGAAGUAAGCAACCAUUACUAGUAAUUCUCUAAUGUGUACAAAUUAAAUUUCAGGUAUAACAAAUGUGAUCAUGACAUGAAAACAUUUUAGAAUAGAUACUGUAUUAAGUAUUGCCAUGUUUACAAUAUGUAAUAUGUUUUUAGCCAAUGGAUUUAAACAUGUAGAUUCGACUAGAAUUCACUUAUGUGAUAUUUGUAAAUAAAGAUAGAAAUAUUGGAUCCAUCCCCGUAGAACUUACUGUACAGCUUAGCUGAAGUGUAGCAAUGAAGCCUUGUCAGCUUAAAGCUGACUGAAGAAAUAGUAGAGAUAGCAAGUCCACACAGAGCAUCCUGUGAAAAGUACUAAUAGCUGUGGGUCCAGUAUUGCUAACAGAAAAGAGGGUGGUUCCCUUUCAUCUCCAUCCUCUCAAAGAAACUAUAAAUGGAGAUUCAAGUCAAGUUUGCACAUAGUCAUAAAACUGGAUCAAUCAUAAUCUUACAGAAUGAGGCAGGUGAAUUAGACCUUUAAUUCCAAGGCCUUAAGAACACUAAAGAUGGGGAAGAUAUUUCUUGGGAGAAAGCUGGAAAUAUGAUCUUUUUCAGUAAAGUCUCUUAAAACAACUCAGUUUUCAUGCUGACACUUUUGCUUGAUACUGGUGCCACUCAGCCACACAGUAUUACAACCUUGAAAUAACCAGUAUAAGCCUAGUUGCUCCAGAGUAGGAUUGCUCUUGGGUGGCUCUGUAAUGUAAUGGUUUCUCUGUUUCUUUCUGCAGUAACCAGUCUUAUGUCUAGUGUUUCAGAGUCUUUGGAUUUCUAAACUUCAGGGCUGACACACUGCUCAGUUUGCUUAACCAGGAAGAAUACUAUAGGUAGAAAUCGUGAAGGUGAACUACAGUAAUGUUGUCGCUACUCUUUGUAAUAACUACGCAAAUGCAGAAUUUUAGAAAGGCAUUUGAAUAAAUCCAGAUGAAAUUGUGAA